GAGCAAUUAAUUUUUAGAAAUAAGAAACAGUUUGCUGCUAAUAGGUUUGAUUUUGAGCAGAAACAAAGGAAGAGACAAAACAGGUCCGAUGAUGAGAAGUGGGUCAGAAGUGGUGAUCGUCCCUUCACCAAAACCAAGAGAAGCAGCCGUGAUGAGUUUGAUCAGAAUGAGAUUCAUACCUAUGCCAGUUUGGAGAAGAUGUUGCAUAAGGCGAUUUAUGCUGUCCGGCAACUCAAAAGGAAGGAAAACACCAAUACUUCUUCAGCACCAAAACCGCAAUGUAAGUCUUCUUAUCUGUCCAAUUCUGAUUUGAAAACUAAUGAGAUUUCUUUUGAUAAAAGCAAAGCUGUGAAACCCACAAGCAAAGCUCUUUCUACCAGGUGUUUCAAAUGCCAUAGGAUCGGUCAUUAUGCUAACAAGUGUCAAAAACAAAAACCGUUGGUUACUUUGGAGAAUGAGGAGGUUGAAACCAAGCCAGAAAAGGAAGACCCUUUGCCAAUUUUUGAUGACUACACACAUGAGCCAAUGGCAGGAAGGGUCAGAUGGAGGGCAAAAUCGUGGUCAUCAAGAAGAAUCAUCGUCUAUUCAAGAGUCGGACCAAACCCAAGAUUCAUGUGUUAUGGUAGAUAACGACAAACAAAGUUAACUUGCGUUGCUUCUGUUACAAAAGAACAAGAGCGUGUUCACAAGUCAAUAACGAUUGACACUUGGAAGAACUUUUAUAUUUUCAAAGAGGAAUCUUCCUACUCUCCUCUUUCUAACUACGUAAAAGUCUUGGACUGUGUCUCUGCGAACAUAGUUUUAUUAUUUUUUAUUUUUAUGUAUGUGUAUGACAAGUCAUUUGCAAAUGUAAAUAUUAUUUCUUUUCAAUUUCUUUUCAGUA